UUUAGGGCUGGAAGUAUUGGACCGACUCAACAAUCUACCCCUAAAGGCGACGUGUCGGGAGACGAUUUGUCGAGGUCCUUGGGUUCGUCGAGCAACCGAAAAUUUGCAACAACUUCAAUGAAUUUGUCAAGUUCACCAUUUGAUAGUGCUGACGAGAGCUCAGACGACGGUGUUAUGCGCCCUCCACGACCUUCAAGGGCAAAGGGAAGAAGAAAUACCAGCAAGAUGAUCAUGCGCGCCCCGAGUCGUCAGUGCAGUCAGCAAGUUUCCCCCCGCCCAACGGUCUGGUAUUAUGGCGUCACCCACGAAUCCACAGUCAGAUGACCUCUCUUUCCCCCCAUCGCCUGUCUCUUUGUCUCGCGUUUCAGGAAUAUCGGUUAUCUCGAAGUCCGAAGAGUUCAAAACCCCAGAGGGGACUAUGGAAGCUUCCCAAGAGCAAAAAGCCAUUGAUCCUUCGUUGUCAUUCAUCCCGGACGAGCCGUCUAUGCCUUCGUCCUCAGCGCUUCCCCCUUCCGAGAACGAGUCGCAAAAUGAAGAGCAACCUGCAUUGAAUAUCUCGCACCUUUCUUUCGCGACGCCCCCUCGCAUUUCCAGGUCUGUAGUGUUCAACACACCGCCCCGUCCUGAUGACCUUCCUGAUCUCCCUGACUUACCCACAUCUCCGGAUGGGAGUUUACCAUCCCCUACGGCGACUCGGACGCCCAACCGUAAUACAUUAAUCGAUGGGCCAGGCAUGACGCGCACACCUCAUCCUCCUGGUGGGUGGAGAACUCCAAAGCCAGGCCGCCCACAUCUAGUUCCCGCUACUCCGCAAGAUGAGUCCGGAGUGCUUGAGCCAAACACGGCUGAAGAAGUAAACGGGUCUGCUGUGUCCGUUCCCAAUGGGGCGCGGAACAAACUGCGAGGGGCCCCUACUACACCUGAUGCAGGCUUCCCAGCGCCGACACCUGAACAGGAUGGGGGCACGAUGGGGGCUUCUACAUCGAUUUCAAAGACGCCGAAACCUCCUGGUGCAUGGGCUAGUACGCCUGUUACAUCCGCGUCCAAUUCGUUACGAAAGGGGAUUUUGAAGGUUCGAUUUGACGAAACAUCGCUUAGUAGCUCUGCCAUAUUGGAACAUCAGGUAAUGGAGGAAGAGCAGGAAGAACUAGUGACUCCCUCAAACAAGCACCGGAAGGGUAUUCCUUCGGCCUUCGGCCCUAACGAGGGAGAUGUGGCGAGUUCGCCCCCUCUAAGGGAAAGGCAAAACCUUCCAGCAGGGAUUCAUCUCCUCGCAGGCGGAGACCCCGUAUGAAAAUGGUGGAUGCCUUUGGAAACGAAAUUCCAAGCUCACCUGAGAUGCUACCUGCUCUUCGGGAAGAGGAUAAUUCGCCUGCCACCGAGGAGGAAAUACAACUUUUGAGGUCAAUUGCCAGGCAAAUCCCUCUCAUUGCUAAAGAGUUCAACGAUGAAAGCAUGUCCAUGACUGCCCCGGAACCACUGAGAUCGCUCCAAGA